AUGUCCCUACCCUUCUUUUCUUACACAUGUAUGUGCCCACACCUCUCUAAAAGAAACUGUUUUCCCCAUACAAACUAUACUUUUUUCUUUCUUUUUUCUUUCUUUUCUUUCUUUUUUUCUUUCUUUUCCCUUUUCCGUUUCUUUCUUUCUUUCUUUCUUUCUUUCUUUCUUUCUUUCUUUCUUUCUUUCUUUCUUUACUAUAUUUCACCUUUCCGUUUCUUUCUUUCUUUCUUUUCCGUUUCUUUAUUUUUUCUUUCUUUAUUUCUUUACUCUCUGUUCCUUUUUCAUUUUUUUUUCUUUCUUUCUUUCUUUCUUUCUUUCUUUCUUUCUUUCUUUCUUUCUCAAUAUUGUCUUUCUUUCUUAAUUUUUCUUUCUUUCCUUCUUACUUUUCUCAAGAUUUUCUUUCUUUCUUUCUUUCUUUCUUAUUCCUUUCUUUUCUCCUUCUUACUUCUUUCCUCAAUAUUUUCUUCUUUUCUCAAUUUUCUCUUUUAUCAUUCAUUCAUUCAUUCUUUCUUUCUUCCUUUCCCAAUCUUUUUUCAUUUUAUUCAUUCUUUUUUCUUUCUUUCUCAGUUAUUUCUUACAUUUUUCUUUCCCCAUCUUUUCUUUCUUUCACAGUAUUUUCUUUCUUUCUUUAUUUUCUCUUUCAUUCAUUUAUUCUUCCUUUCUUUCUCAAUCUUCUCUUUCUUUCUUUCUUUCUUUGUUAAUUCUUUCUUUCUCAAUUUUUUCUUUCUUUCAUUCUUAAUUUUUCUUUCUUUCUCAAUACUUUUCUUUCUUUCCCAAUUUUUUCUCUCUUUCCUUCUUGUUUUCUUUUUUUCUCAAACUUCUCUUUCUUUCUUUCUGUUUUAUUUCUUUCUUAAUCUUCUCUUUCUUUCAUUCAUUCAAUCUUUCUCAAUGUUUUCUUUCCUUUUUCUCUUUCAAAAUUUUCGUUCUUUCUCAAUCUUUUCUUUCUUUCUUUCUUUCUUUCUUUCUUUCUCAAGCUUCUCUCUCUGUUUGUUUUUUUUUAAUUCUAUCUAUCUAUCUAUCUAUCUAUCUAUCUCAUCUUAUAUUAUCUCAUUCUAUAUUAUCUAUCUAUCUAUCUAUCGAAUUCUCUCUGUAUCUAUCUAUCUAUCUAUCCAUGUCAUCCUAUAUUAUCUAUCUAUCGAAUUCCCUCUAUCUGUCUCUAUCUCAUUCUAUACUAAUAUCUAUCUAUCUAUCUAUCUUAUCUUAUAUUAUCUAUGUCAUCCUAUAUUAUCUAUCUAUCUAUCUAUCUAUCUAUCGAAUUCUCUCUAUAUAUCUCUAUCUCAUUCUAUACUAAUACCUAUCUAUCUAUCUAUCUAUCUAUCUAUCUAUCUAUCUUAUCUUAUAUUAUCUACGUCAUCCUAUAUUAUAUAUCUAUCUAUCUAUCGAAUUCUCUAUCUGUCUCUAUCUUAUUCUAUACUAAUAUCUAUCUAUCUAUCUAUCUAUCUAUCUAUCUAUUUCAUAUUAUCUAUGUCAUUCUAUAUUAUUUAUCUAUCGAAUUCUCCCCGUCUCUAUCUUAUUAUAUACUAA